AUGGUGCUCUUUUUUUCAUUCCUUCUCUGUCUGCUCUUCACAUCUGGGGUUGUCGAGGCCAUCAAGGAUCAAACUUGGCUUGGACCUUCGAAUGCUUUUGAUGCUGGUAACUCAGAACAGCAUCCAGCCUCGUCCUUCCUAAUUACCUCCAAAAAUCCCUCGGCAUUUGAUAUCGAUUGUAGUAGCUCUGGAAGCGAUGAUGGCAUCCUGAAGCGGUCUAUGUCAGCCACUGAAUAUAGCAACCUUACGGGCCACCGGAUAACCCUUGAGGUUUACCAAACCAGCGACUGUCGCGACACCAACUGCGAAGGUCAGACAAGCCAAAGAAUGUUAUAUGACCACGACGAACUAUUCACCCACUCGUCUUAUAUUAGCCGCAAGGACCGUCUGCAGACCGUUAAGAUCCAAUGGAGUAGACUGGUUGAUGGCAUGUCUCAAGCUGAGUAUAGGAUCGACAAGUGCGGAGUUAUUACUGGCUCUAUCGAUGACCGUGAGCUCACUCCUUUCACGUUCGAAAACGCGAGCCUGGCCACAUUUUUAGAUGGUAAACCAAUUCCGCCCCUGAUCCUACCAACUAGUAUCAACGAAACUGUCACCGAUGUGACCCUAGCUCUUUUAUCCGCAAUGAAACUGUGCAGCGGGACACAAAGUGGCAUGCUUCAUGUUGAGGACAGGAGUGUCAAAGCAAUGCUGCUAUUGCAUCCGCUGUUUUGA